AUGAGGAAUGUAAAGAAGAUCGCGCUCCAGGCACUGGCGCUUUGGAGACAAGUCUUGAUGGUCCUCAUUCCUAUCGUUCUACUUCCAUUGCUCUUCUUCGAAGAUGCUCAGAAAGCUCGCUGUGCUUAUGUCGUCAGCAUCGUGGGCCUCUAUUGGAUUGUGGAGCCCAUACCUUUGGGAGCGACGUCGCUCAUCCCCAUUGUGCUGUACCCGAUGCUCGGUGUUCUCACCACAGAAAGAACGUGCCAACUUUACAUGAAUGACAUUAACCUCAUGUUCCUGGGCACCCUGGUUAUGGCCGUCGCCAUUGAACAUUCGCACUUGCAUCAAAGGAUUGCCCUCAAGAUGUUGUGUCUGCUGGGCACCGGCAUCAAGAUGCUAGCUUUCGGCUUGAUGUUCAUCUCCAUGUUCCUCUCCAUCUGGAUCAACAACGUGGCCAUCACCGCCAUGAUGAUGCCCGUCGUAAACUCACUUGCGCACGAGCUGCUUCAAGAACGGCGUAGGAGCCUUUCGAGAGGAGAUACUGACGUCGAAGGAAUCGCGGAAUUGAGAGAACGUGUCGCGAAAGCUGCUGCUGCUGCUGCCAGUAAUGGGAGCACCAAGCUCCUGUCACGCCAGGAUGGGGAUAAAGAGGAGCCCGGUGUGGUUGUGCCGAUGAAGGCGCGCAACCGGCAUGCUGCGCUGGACAGGACUGCCGAGCACCGCAUCCGUGCGCUACUCUACCUCAGCGUUUUGUACGGCGCCAACACUGGCACCAUAGCGACCAUAACGAGCGGUGCUUCGAACAUUGUCUUCAAAUUUGUUAUCGAGGACUUGUACGGAAACCGGGCGCCUGUGGACUAUGCGCUGUGGAUGUUUUUUGCCCUGCCAACCGCACUCAUCGGAACUGGCCUCAUUUUUCUCGCAGUGGUACCCGCAUUCUUUCGAUGCAAGAGCCCAGACCUGGGAAAAGAAAGCCGAAGCCACACCAUGGCCGCCAUUCGUCGUAGUUACGCUUCGCUGGGGCCCGUCAGGUUCCACGAGGUAGCCGUUCUGCUGCUUUGUAUUCUUCUGGUGUUUCUCUGGCUCUUCCGAGACCCUAUGUUCGCCAGGGGAUGGGCAACCUAUUUUGGCACCAUAAAGCCCAAGGACGCCACAGCGGUAGCCAUACCGGUGAUCCUGCUGUUCAUGAUUCCAUCGAAGCCCUGGGAGGGUGCGAAAAGUCCUUCAUUGCUGCCUUGGGAAAUGGUCCAAGCCAAGCUGCCGUGGAGCGUUAUUUUACUGAUUGGCAGCGGGUUUGCCAUCGCCGAAGGCAUGAGGGUUUCUGGGCUGCCGGAACUCUUGGGCCAGAAACUCGCCACCUUGGGCCACAUGCCUCCCGUGCCACUCAUGAUCUGCCUCAGUAUCGUCUCUUCUUUUAUGUCUGAACUGGUCAGCAACUCGGCAACGUGUACCGUUAUCCUGCCAGUUUUUGAUGAAUUGGCCAAGGAUCUGCAUGUGAACCCGCUGCUGUUCUUGAUUCCGGCAACCAUUGCUAGCAACUACGCCUUUUUACUUCCCGUGGGAACGCCGGCGAACGCCAUGGUGUACGAGCAGGGUCGGCUCACUUUGAUGGAAAUGCUGCUACCCGGAUUCCUGGCCAAAACAAUCACCAUGGCGGUCACCGUUCUACUGACGUGCGUGCUUGGCGACCCGAUCUUCGGCAUGUUCCAAGAGGCUCAGUGGGCAUCGCAUGCCAUCGUGGGCAACUACAGCACCUUUAACGCAGACCUAAGCUAG